AUGUCCUUCGUAAUUUGUAUAGACUCACCCGCUGUCGGCGAUGAGAAUCAGAAGAUAGACCACGCCAGCCCCGCUUGCCAGGACAAAGCCGCCAUCACCACCCCGCCGAGAGCGGAAACUAAAAGAAUAAUACAUCAACCCACGAAACCGCGACUCAAGUCUUCUAUGCGGAAAGUAGCAGACACCACGGUAGACGUCUCGAAAACAUCAAAAACUGUAGUCUUCGUCGGGAAUCGCCCCUUGCCGCGUCCACGCGAUGGGCAUGCGCACAGCCAGGUGCCACGUCACAGGAAAGCGCAGUCGGUUUCGAUAAGUACGCUGCUCCGCUGGAGCGGGAGCGUAUUCUCGCGGUUGGAAUCUGCUGUGCGGGAAGGCAUUGUACAAGAGAUUCGGGGUCUUCGGAUGGUUGCACACCAAAGGGAGACGGAGCUGCACAGGUCCGACGUGAAUCCCGACAAUUUGUGGACCCAAAGCCGAGCCGGCUUCAUCUCCAUCGACGAAGACCAGCGGAGAGCGGCCGAGUCUGUCGGGUCUAUUAUCCAGAUCGUACAAGAGACGUUGCAUUCGCACAGCGGCUUUACUGCCCAAACAUGUGGCUGCGAGGACUCGUCGAGGCAACAACAAUCUCGAAACUGGUCACCGCUCUCUAAUUCUGGCACUUCCGCUCCUGGCAGCUCGAGGAAACGAAAAAGCGAUCGCGCGCAAAAUUAUUCGGACAACGAAGAAGAACAUCUGUUCCGGCGACAUCGACUGCCUCAAUUUCGGUGUAAUCGCUGCGGGUGGGAAUUUCAGGGCCCCAAGGAGCUCGCAUUGCACCAGCGGUCUACGCGACCGUGCGAAUUGCGGGCUUUCGAAGAACAAUUAGAGGGUGUCAGCCUAGGGCAAGAGAAGUUGCUUAAGUCUAGGAAGAAAGACGUCACCAAUAAGCCCGAACCGGAGAAGUGGAACGACAUGUACCGCAUUCUGUUCCCCGGCGAUGAUCCCCUAGACAUCCCAACGCCUUACUACGAGUACUCGGAGGCAAACGGCAACAGAAGAGCUUCUCAGAGUCGCGAUGAUCCCAGUUUAGACAAUAAACUGGACAUAUCGGUGUACGAGGCAUACCUUACGUCGGAGCUACCGCCUGCCCUGCAGCGGGAGCUCGAAAGGGACAUAGAGCUCCAGCUCCAGAUAUCAGAUCAAUCCGUGCGAGAUCGUGCGGUUGAGCUGAUUAGAUCUCUGCAGCCCAAGCUCCUGAGGGCCUUCCUCACGGCCUCAGAAGCUCACUUACCAGACAGCGAGCCUAGCCCGCCUCCUAUAGGCGGCGACUCUUCGCCUACCGGGUCUGCGGCAGGAAAUUGGACGCUACCUCCGGAUUAG